UCCGCUUAAAACUCCACUCUCUACGGUGUCGUGAGUUGAGUCGUUUGUUGCAUCGAAAUUAUCAAAGCUGUGGUUGACCUUAGCGCCGCCCACCAAUGACGGCAUUUAUUUCCUUCUCGUGUCCUCCUCCCAUCUGUCUUCUUUGUCCUUUUCCGUCUUCUUCCCAAAUCGCAUUCGAGAAUUCGAGGCUCGUAUUAUCUUCCAGACUAGCAAGCAUCCAAAGGAAGAAAGGAGGAUUCUUAAUUUUUCUUGUUGUUAUAGCUCGAAAUCGAAGAGGAAGCCCCCAGCAUUUUCUUUGUUCCUGGCAGGCGAUCGAAGCCUACGGGGGAUGGAGAGGGAGGGGAGGGUGAAUCCAGAUUGCGUUAACGCUUCCAAUCCCUUCCAUGUGUGCGCGGAGUAUUGCGUCCAGCGAGCUCAUGUAUUGAAGCCGCGAAGCCCGCGGCCAAAAUUAGUUGUUGCAGCUCAAAAUGGGGAGAGACGUGAAGGGGAUCGAGGGAUGGUAGUUGCAGAAAGAAAUGUGGAUCCUUCGUGUCGCAACGUCUCGAAUCCAUACCACCAGUGUGCUGAGUACUGCUCUCCAAGAAGUCCCCAAGUCAAAGAACUAAACGGGGAGAAGCGAUCAGACAGUGUUGUGAAGAUGGAGGGUAACCAAGAGAAGAAGGAAGAGAUGGAACACAAAGAGGGAGGCAAUUCAAUUGUCCCAGCUCAAAAUGAGGAGAGAUGCAAAGAGAAUCGAGGGAUUGUAGUUGCAGAAAGAAUAGUUGUCCCUUCAUGUCCAAAUGCGAGCAACCCAUUUCAUCAGUGUGCCGAGUAUUGCUCUCCAAGAAAUCCCGAGGAGAAAAGACAAAGGGAGAAGCAAUCAGCAGAAAUUGGUGUGAGGAUGGAGAAUAACAGGAUGGUGGAUCCUAGAUGUGUUAAUGCAUCUAACCCCUACCAUGUGUGUGCUGAAUACUGUUUCCAGAAGAUGAAAGAAAUGAAGCAAACAGAGGGAGGCAAAGCAGUUGUUGCCGCACACAAUGAAAGAAGGGAGGGAUUGAAGAUAGAUGUGAGAGAGGGAGUCCACCCCAGUUGCAUAAAUGCUUCCAAUCCAUAUCACAAAUGUGCCGAAUACUGCUUCGAGAAAAUAAAUCAAUUGAUGUAGCUAGCCAGUAAAGACAAAUUAGAUAAUUGAUCAUAUUUCCAGCAGUCAGCGUCCGAGGAAGAUUAUAGGAUUUCCUGCAGGCAACAAGCAAACAAUUUCAGAUUUACGAUUGACUCUAUUGUCUACAACUGAUAUUUUUCGAAUAAAAGCUACCAUUUUUGAGUUUGUA